GCCGCAGCCCGGUCAGGCACCGCCUCACGCGCCGUCUGUCGUCUUCGCUCCGCUUUGUCCUCGUUUAUUUCUGAUGUUUGGCGCAGUCGACGGAGCGGAGGACAGCAGCUGAGCCACACUUUUCUUUUUUAUGCCUGCUUUUUGGUUCGCUGUUCUCGCAGAGCUGUUCGUAUUCUGAUCGAAUCCCCGGCUGCCAAUGCAAGGAGGCAUGAUGGAGAAAAUGUCCCGACAUCCCGUCCAUCCAAGUUUUCUCCCGCCAGCGACGCACGGAGUCCUCAAGUCUCUGCUGGAAAACCCGAUGAAGCUGCCGCUGCAUCACGAAGCUUUCAGUAAGGAGCAGGAGAAGGAGAAGAACCUGGAGGAGGAGCGCAGCGCACCCCAGUCAGCCUUCCUGGGGCCCACACUGUGGGACAAGACCCUACCGUAUGAUGGAGACACCUUCCAGCUGGAGUACAUGGACCUGGAGGAGUUCCUGUCUGAGAACGGUAUCCCGUCCAGCCCCUCCCAGCACCACCACAAUCAACAUCAACCACACGCUCCGCCAUGCCAGCCGCCAAUCAUGCCUCAAGCCCCGCACACACCCGCCCCCUCGGUGAUGGACCUCAGCAACCACGCCUCCACCUCCGUCCACAGAAGCGUCGUCUCUCCGAACUGCCUGCACAGCAGCCCGGCAAGAGCAGGCCUCCCGAGCUCCAGAAACACUCCCAGCCCCAUAGACCCAGACUCCAUCCAGGUUCCUGUCGGAUACGAGCCCGACCCGGCCGACCUGGCUCUGUCCAGCGUGCCGGGGCAGGAGAUGUUCGACCCACGCAAGCGCAAGUUCUCUGCCGAGGAGCUGAAGCCGCAGCCCAUGAUCAAGAAAGCUCGCAAGGUCUUCAUCCCCGAAGACCUGAAGCAGGAUGACAAAUACUGGGCCAGGCGCAGGAAGAACAACUUGGCGGCCAAGCGGUCGCGGGACGCGAGGCGGCUCAAAGAGAACCAGAUCGCCAUCCGAGCCGGUUUCCUGGAGAAGGAGAACUGCGCCCUGAGGCAGGAGGUGGCCGACCUGAGGAAAGAGCUGGGACGCACCAAGAACAUCCUCGCCAAGUACGAGGCACAGCACGGGCCGCUGUGAGGACGCAAACACACACACACACACACACACAUAACAUGUAUACACAAACACACACACACUGAGAAUGAUGACCCUCCUAGUCCUGAUCCACCAGCGACCCUCCUGUCACCUCCACCAAUCACACUCCUGAUGGCUCAACUCAUCCUCGCUGCCCUCUAGAGGCCAAACGAUGCAGUGCUCAGAUAAUGACGCACUUUCUGAUCACUCAGAGGUCACAGUUCAUGUCGAGAAACGUGAACACGGAGAAAAACUAAACAAGUCUGGAGUCAUUCUGGAUUUUUCUCAUUGUCAACAAAUCUCACAUUCACACUCAAACCGACAAACCAUUGGUCCGUCUCGCAGCGCUGUCUCACUUCCUGUCUGUGGCUCGCAGCUCCGAGCCCAUUGGUUCCUACUGAAGACAGGAACAUCUCACAAAUAUGUAGUUUCAAUGAACAAAAAGGAAAUAGAGCAUCUGUUUGGAACUAUUUUCAGUGGCGGAUUAAUCCACAUUUGUGUGAGUGUGUGUGUGUGUUCACGGCGAUGAUGGUGAGGCUCUCUGACGUGUCUUCAGUGGCUCAGGGAUUUGUUGACAAUAACAGAAAUCUGGAAUAUCACUCACAUACAUACAUUUUAUUGUUCAUUCGUGGCUCCGGGUCAUUUCCUCUUUCAAAGCCCGUCGCGUCUGUAUAACAUUACCGGCUAACAUUUUCAUCUGUUUCCACGGCAACAGUCACCCAGCUGAUGCUUAAAGAAGGGCAGCUUGAGCGGCGGCCGUCAUGCCGUGAGUCGAGCCCAGUACUCAGGAUUAUUACACACACACACACACACACCAGUGAAUCCUCUUCAUGGACUUUGACCACAAACACUAAACCGGCCCCCCACCUGAUGUCUGACUUUGGACCUCCGACCCCCCCUCUCAGUGUACGGUAAUGGCACUUUAGAUCUACCGACGCCUCGUUCUCCUUCCCUCAGAGACUCCGCCCCCCCACCCCCACCCGUGCAGGUUUGUUCCCACGAUACACCUGCUGACAUGUACAUACCUGCCUUCCUUCUGCUCCUGAUGUAUAUGAAUGUGUGCCGCCUCCUGCCGCCCUCCUAUUGGUCAGUCGCGUUCUGUUUCCUCGUUGUGGCCGGCUGAAGCCUUUCGGGACCCUCAGCAGUAUUUUUAUGGAUGUUUAUGAAAAGUGCACAUAGAAACAGUGCAGAGAAAACGCAGGAUUUCAGAACUUGAUGCCCCAAAAUGCCAAAAAUCUUUUCUAGCAAGCCCUGAAAUUUGUCAACACCCCCCAAAAUGUUUUUUUAAAUUUUUUUUUUUAAUCUUUUAACACUUAAAUGAUAAUAAAGACGGUUGAGAGAGGAACUCUGAGAGUCGGCAUCCUCCGUCAGUUUGGGGCGAUGCUUUGUGUUCAGACUGCAGCUCUGAUGGCGUCUGAACCUCCUCUGCUUCUGUUUGUGUUCGAGAUAAACCGUCUGUUUGAAUCGUGCCACACGUUAAAGUCCAGAAUUUGCUGCGAAGUUCAGUCUGAAAACACAGACGUGCAGAGCAAAAUUUGCCCGUGAACGGCGUUUUUUUUCUUUAUGGUGUGAAAUGUGAUAAAAGCCCAAAUAAACCACAGUGAGCUCGUUAGCUGUUAGCUGUUAGCUCAGUAAGCGGUCAGGAUCGUCCAUGUUUCACGCUGACUGGGCUGGAAGGAUCAGGGUGAAUUCAGGAUGAGGAAGGAGAGUGCAGCAGCGCUGAUUGGCCCAAACUGAAGUGACAUCACGGCAUUAUACAACCUGGUGUCCAGGCGGCAGCGUCACGCCGCCGUUUCACAGCUGUGACGAACUUUUUCUCAGUUUUCAGAGCUCUCCUGAACGUCCCUGCCUCUGUUUUUUGGAUUUUUCUUUUCUUUUUUACAACGAAUGAAGCUACUUUGUGUGUUGUGUUCAGGACAAAAUGUCAAAUGUUUAAAAAGGACGUUUGCUCUGUUUCUUUGUCCUGAUUAUCAGCCAGUAGGCUGGCUGCAGUCCGCCAUGACGGGAUAGGAGGAACACCGUUUUUAACAUCCUGCUUCUUGUGUUUCUGGGUUUUUAUUUUUUUUUGCCAGAAAAGAAAAAUAAGAUUUGUAAAAAAAAAACAGACAAACUGUGAUUUUGCUUGUUGUUAUUUGUUGGUGGCUGUCCUCAAACACCAUCUGCUUCACUCAGUGUUGUCAAAAGGUGUUUGGAGGCUCGGACGGCGCUGCGGACGUUUCUGAACAGAACGACUUUAAAGGUUUUCUUUUGGUUUCUUUAAACACACUAUAGAAACCAGACGUGGUCUCUUCAGUGCAAUAGAUGGUCCUUUCUGGCUUUGGCAUGAACUUUCUCAUUAUUUUUCUCUGUGUUGUAUUUUCUGGAGUGUAGCUCAGUGACAAGUGCGCCCCCCGGUGGCUGAGUGAGACAUGAAUGUAUAUUUGAACCAGUGCGUUGGGUGAGUGGUGUUGUCUUAUACUGUGGAACCACUUUAGUACUCUUUACUACAGACCAAAAGAAUACAGUAUAUAAAGGAUAUAUUGAUAUAUUAAAGGUUUUAAUGUUUAUACAGAGAUAUUCUUGUUUUUUUUGUACAGUCUGUUUCCUACAUAGAUAUUUCCUGUGUAUUUUGGAAAGGGUUACAUGAAUAUAAGCAGUGUGUUACACAUAUAAAUAUAUUCAGAAAUAUUACCAAAACGGCGUGCCCGAACAGUCCGGGCGCUGCAUGGGCAUUACAGAAUCCUCCACGUUUGUUUUGCGUCUGAUCCUUUUCCUCCCUGCGUAGUUGAAAUACCUCAAACCGCCUGACUCUCCUACCCUCCAUCACACCUGUGCAGGUGCAGCUGAUUCAGCUGUCGGGUAGUUUUUGCACCAGGUGCUCCACCGCUCCUUUACUCUCUCUGCUCCACUUUGAUUUUUCAGCGAGGACGCCGUCGCCUCCGUACACAUGCUGACGUAUGUAUAUUUUCACGGCUGUGUUUGGCCUCGAGGAAUGUAUUCACCCGACCCGAAGCACUCGUGUUUAUUUCUCUUGUUCUGUUGUUGCUUCUGUUGCCUGUGGUUUUUCUCUCUCCUGCAUCCUGCUGUUCGGUUCUCUCUGCUUCUCCAGAGCCUCGGCAGCUCUGUUCUGUUUCAAUCUGUGUUCAAAGAUAUUUUUCCUAUAUUUGUCCUUGAUUAUGUUUCUCAUGAUCAAAAUAAGAAUGAAUAAAUAAAUAAAAGUCCAAACCUG